CCUGACCUUAGACUUGCUGAUAAGAUGUGGACGCCACUAUUUGUUAUUGUGUGGACAAUACUAAAUAUUCACAGUGCUCGAGGACUGUCCUGUUACCACUGCAAUAACAUUACUGAUACAAGGACCUGUAAACAAACGGUGGACUGUCCUGACGGAAAGAGAUGUUUAUACAGUAACGUCGGCGGGAACCGGAUUCUGGGAUGUGCAGAUGAUUUGUCAUGCCCAACUUCGGUUGCAAUACUAGGACGGAGGGAUGGUAGCGAGUCAAAUUCGUUCUGCUGUGAUCAAGAUUUAUGUAACGGUGGACAGGCGGAAUUGGCGACAACAACGACACAAACACCGGAAGUAUGCAUGGAUCUAAAUGCCGCUUUCUGCAGCACCACGUCUGUUCAGUCUUCUAUAUGUUCCGACCCCGACCUGUCUGUAAACUGGUGCAGAAAAACGUGCGGAAGAUGUCGUAAGUGA